CGGAAUUAAAUGUGAACGUUGAAGAACGUGCUGUGAUGUACACAUGCGAAACCCCGAUCGCUGGAGCGACCUCUGAUAAAGUGAUCCGCGUGAAGGCGUAAAGUGAAAGACGUUUAUUUCCUGUUUGUGUUUGUUAGCGCGCACCCCGCGUGCACGUGGCUGUUUGUUUUUCAAUUUUGGACCUUUAUAACUCCGGACCGAGCUCUGUACACACGGAGACGCACAUUACUAGGAGUAAGAUGGCUUUUUCGAACCUGUUCUCGAGGCUCUCCGCUGUGGAUGAAGGUGUGAAGAGUGCGGGCCAGCCUGCCGUCACGCAGCGGAAUGAGACUGGGGGAGGUGGGAGAAAGAGGAAAACUCAGUGCGAGCUGUUUGGAUCUCACAAAAAGAAGCCGUGUGUCCAAGCCCAGGGACCCAAAACUCGAAGUAACGUCAAAGCUCAUAACACAAAGGACAAAGGGCGUUUAAUGCAGAACAGCGAUGGUGAGCAAAGACUGAGCAAAGGCUUCAGUAACAGAGGCCGUCAAUCUCAAAGGCAGAAACAUCUGAAGAAGAAGAAGGAUGGACAGAAAGGUCCAUAUCAUCACAAGGAGGGACAGAGAGGGAGAUUUUUCCGUGGACAAGGAAGACCGAUGUCUGGGAGAGGUGGGAGAGUCGGAAGAGCCGGUGGACAUGAAAAUGACAUGAUGGAUGUUCAAGUGAAGCCAAGGUUCAUGACUCAGGAGUUCAAGGACCAGAAUGCGCUGUUGGUGGACGGGCGGUUACUUUGUCGACAUUUUCUUUACGGACGAUGCAUAAAGGCAGGCUGAGAGUUGCCAGCUGGAGCAUAUUCAGGGUUACAACGAUCUCAUCAAAGAAGUCUGUAAAUUUUACAUCCAAGGCUUCUGCACAAAAGGGGAGAGCUGUCCGUACAUGCACAAUAUCCUUUGAUAUACUGUCGUAAGCUGCCACAAACACAUCUCAUUAACCAAAUGAAAGUUGUUGGCUGGCUUAUAUUUCCUAUACCAAGCUGCACAGUCCUUUCCUUGCAAGUUUUUCCACAGAAAAGGAAAAUGCUAUCAAGGAGAAGACUGCAGGUUUUCCCAUGAGCCGCUUACUGACAUCACUGGAAAACUGUUGGAUGAGUUAUUAAAACGGCAACGUGACCUCUCUGAACUUGCAAAAAAUGCUGAGCAGGAGCCUUUGGGACAGCCGGCGAGCAAAGAGGAGGCAGGAAUGACAGAAACAAACGGGACCCCAAGUGUUCUCAUGGACCCGCUCAGGCCUAACUUUUACCACAGCGCAGAUGCAGCUACAGAGGGGGAACCCUCAGUACACCAGAUAGAAGAAAUGGCCACAGUCACAGAUGAAGCUGUUCUUCAGUGUGCAGCAGACACCGCCCGACCUCACAGCCCUUCAUCAACCAGCAGUAACCGCCCGGAGCCAGUUUGUUAUUCAGUGGAAGCCAUGCUUGGACCUCAGCUGUUCAGGUCUUUCCCUAUCUUCUAUAAUACUCCUGAAAGCAAAGAAUCUACUACUCCUGCUGCAGAGACCACCUCCGAGGCCACUUUAGGCUCCACGACACCAAAGGAAGUUCCCUACUCGGUUGACGCUGUCCUCAGGUCCUUAAAGUCAGUGGAAAAUUCAACCCUUAGCCAAAGACCUACCGCUUCAAGUGUAAAAACUGAGGAAAUCCCGGAUCCUCUCUUAAGUUCACAACAUCAAAUACAAAAAGUCUCACUGAGUACCAAACAUGAGCCAAACAAACCCCCCAAGAAAAUGUACAAGAGCCUGUCUUCUCGACAAGCGCACGGCAGCCUGAUUUCUAGCUCUGAUCUUACUCUUUCCUCUGGUACUCAGAAGCAAUGUGGAGCUAUACCAGAGUCCCUGAAAUCUGCUGAAAUGGUUUUACAUGAAGUUAAACUGGAGCGUUUGCAUCCUCCUGUUAUAGAUGAAGAUAAUCCUGCAUCUUCCAAAAGCAAAUCAGACAUGAAAGAAAGCUCACAGCUUCCUACAGAUAACACCUGUCCUCCCAAACAUCUCUCGGGUAUUUCUCCCUCUUCAGGUAUCGCGGAGUUUAAAAGCAGAACUUCUGCUGCUGUUGAACCUGCAGCUAGCUCCAUUAAGACGAGUGACUCUGCAAACAUUGCCGUUCAUCAUUUUGCAGCAAAGCAGCUUGCUGAGAUCUCUCGGUACCCAAGAAAGACGAAAUCUGUCUUCCAACCCGGUGCACAGAAACGCUGUUCUGCUAAAAUGUCACCAGAUUGCAGCGGGGAGACUCCAACUCGAGCUGAUUGUUCAGCUGGAUGUAAAAAGACUCAGAAAAUCCCCUUCAGUUACCUUUUUAAAAACCCAAUGACUGAGAGCGUGACACCGACACCUGACCCGGUGAGAGCCCCACAGUCUGCACAUUUCACCAGCAAAGAAGGACAUUUAAAAACUGAAGUCAAACCUGAGAAAACCUCUGCUGCUUCCUUCCUCAGCCUUUUUGCAAACCCCCUCACUGAGACUUUGAGUUUGCCUCCCUGCAGUCAGGCGUCAGCUGAAAGUCCUUUUCAAAGCGUUUCUAAUGUAGUGUCGGCUCCUUCGUGCCAGGUCCAAACUGAUGUCAAACAAAGUCCUCAUAGUUGCUCCACAACCUCUGAAGCUGAGCCUGAUCCUGUAAAGCAGCCAGCAGGUCCAGCUUGCAGCAUCAUGCAGGAUUCAAUCAAGGAGACUUCCUCCAGUCCAGCUCCGGGUGGUCCAAAUCCAUCUGAAACUCCGGCACAGCAGCAACUGCCUCACAUCUCAUCGCCCACAAGAGCGCCUAAGGAUUCAGUCCUGAAAUCCCUGUUUGUGAGCCUGAGCCCAUACCAGGAGGAUGGAGAGCAGCGGGGCGGCAUUCAGAUCAGUGAAAUAGAAAUGAACAAUAAAGGUGGCGUCGGGCACACUUUUGGAAAACAACAGUGUGAAGAAAAGAAGCAUCGGAUGUCCAGCAGUCGGCCCACUGUGAAGGCGUCUGCACGCUCAACAGACGACCAGCUUUCUUUUCAAACUCCUCAGAACUACUCAGAGGUAACAGCUGGGCCGACCCUCAGCAGUCCAGGUGUGACCGAACCUCAGGUUAGAAACUCUGGCACGCACAAGCUGCCACUGGAACCAGCAACACCGGAGAUCAACCACCACACCGACCCGAGAGAGACGCACUGCUCUAGGAAAGAAAAGAGGGGGCGUGGGAAGGUGGGGGUGACUCCACUGAAGGACCUUUUUAAGACUCUGGACAGCGCUGUUUUCCACCUGGGACCUUAACGUUAGGUUUCCUCUGUUAGAUUCAAUCAUAGUUAAAAUCAUACUAGUGAUGGGACUGUGAGUGUGUACUAAACCUGCACGUUUGCUUGUUCAUCCAUGCAUCACCAAAGUUUUGACUAAAUCAUAUCGGUGCAUCAAACCAGAUUAUCAGUGUUUGCACAGGCCUGUCAGUCUAUUGGGUUUUUUUUUAAAUGACACUAAAACUGACACUUUUUUCCUGCAGUGGUUUUUUUUUUUGCUUUGUGAUCAGUCACAUAACUUUCUUCAGCGUCUGACACAUUUGAUUAAAUCCUGUGUUUUAACAGGCUCAUUGUGUGUUAUUUUCUUUCUACAUUAUUUUUAUACAUUCCUGUGACUUAAAUUUAGCUCACUGUAGAGAUUUUUUAUU